GGAUGUUGGGCUGGGUUCAGAGGGUGCUGCCUCAGCCCCCAGGGACCCCUCGGAAGACCAAGAUGCAGGAGGAAGAGAAAGUGGAACCAGAGCCAGAGAUGGAGGUGGAGGUGGAACCAGAACCGAAUCCCGAGGAGGCCGAGACAGAGUCCGAGUCCAUGCCCCCCGAAGAGUCAUUCAAGGAGGAGGAAGUGGCUGUGGCAGACCCAAGCCCUCAGGAGACCAAGGAGGCUGCCCUUACUUCCACCAUAUCCCUCCGGGCUCAGGGCGCUGAGAUUUCUGAAAUGAACAGUCCCAGCCGCAGGGUACUGACCUGGCUCAUGAAGGGCGUGGAGAAGGUGAUCCCGCAGCCUGUUCACAGCAUCACGGAGGACUCGGCUCAGAUCCUGGGGCACGGCAGCACUGGGGACACAGGGUGCACAGAUGAACCCAAUGAGGCCCUUGAGGCCCAAGACACUAGGCCUGGGCUGCGGCUGCUUCUGUGGCUGGAGGAGAAUCUGGACAGAGUGCUUCCUCAGCCCCCCAAAUCCUCUGAGGUCUGGAGAGAUGAGCCUGCAGUUGCUACAGGUGCUGCCUCAGACCCAGCACCUCCAGGACGCCCCCAGGAAAUGGGGCCCAAGCUGCAGGCCCGGGAGACCCCCUCCCUGCCCACACCCGUCCCCCUGCAGCCCAAGGAGGAACCCAAGGAGGCAUCAGCUCCAGAGCCCCAGCCAGGCUCCCAGGCCCAGACCUCCUCCCUGCCACCACCCAGGGACCCUGCCAGGCUGGUGGCGUGGGUCCUGCACAGGCUGGAGAUGGCCUUGCCGCAGCCAGUGCUACAUGGGAAAAUAGGGGAACAGGAGCCUGACUCCCCUGGGAUAUGUGAUGUGCAGACCAUCAGCAUCCUUCCUGGAGGGCAAGUGGAGCCUGACCUUGUCCUAGAGGAGGUUGAACCGCACUGGGAAGAUGCCCACCAGGAUGUCAGUACCAGCCCACAGGGUACAGAGGUGGUUCCAGCUUAUGAGGAAGAGAACAAAGCUGUGGAGAAGAUGCCCAGAGAGCUGUCCCGGAUUGAAGAGGAGAAAGAUGAGGAGGAGGAAGAGGAAGAGGAGGAGGAGGAGGAAGAGGAGGAGGUGACUGAGGUGCUGCUGGACAGCUGUGUGGUGUCGCAGGUGGGCGUGGGCCAGAGUGAAGAAGACAGGACCCGGCCCCAGAGCGCUUCAGACCAGAAGCUGUGGGAGGAAGUUGGGGAGGAGGCCGAGGAGGAGGCUGAAGAGAAGGCCAAGGAGGAGGCCGAGGAGGCGGCUGAAGAGGAGGCUGAAAAGGAGCCCCAGGACUGGGCCGAGACCAAGGAGGAGCCUGAGGCUGAGGCCGAGGCUGCCAGUUCAGGAGUGCCUGCCACGAAACAGCACCCAGAAGUGCAGGUGGAAGAUACCGAUGCUGAUAGCUGCCCCCUCAUGGCAGAAGAGAAUCCACCCUCACCUGUGUUGCUGCCACCAUCUCCUGCCAAAUCAGACACCCUCAUAGUCCCAAGCUCAGCCUCGGGGACACACAGGAAGAAGCUGCCCUCUGAGGAUGAUGAGGCUGAAGAGCUCAAGGCGUUGUCACCAGCAGAGUCCCCAGUGGUUGCCUGGUCCGACCCCACCACCCCGAAGGACACUGACGGCCAGGACCGUGCGGCCUCCACGGCCAGCACAAAUAGCGCCAUCAUCAACGACCGGCUCCAGGAGCUGGUGAAGCUCUUCAAGGAGCGGACAGAGAAAGUGAAGGAGAAACUCAUUGACCCUGACGUCACCUCUGAUGAGGAGAGCCCCAAGCCCUCCCCAGCCAAGAAAGCCCCAGAGCCAGCUCCAGACACAAAGCCCGCUGAAGCCGAGCCAGUGGAAGAGGAGCACUAUUGCGACAUGCUCUGCUGCAAGUUCAAACGCCGCCCCUGGAAGGAGUACCAGUUUCCCCAGAGCAUUGACCCGCUGACCAACCUGAUGUAUGUCCUAUGGCUGUUCUUCGUGGUGAUGGCCUGGAAUUGGAACUGUUGGCUGAUUCCCGUGCGCUGGGCCUUCCCCUACCAGACGCCAGACAACAUCCACCUCUGGCUGCUGAUGGAUUACCUAUGCGACCUCAUCUACUUCCUGGACAUCACCGUGUUCCAGACACGCCUGCAGUUUGUCAGAGGCGGGGACAUCAUUACGGACAAAAAGGAUAUGCGAAAUAACUACCUGAAGUCUCGCCGCUUCAAGAUGGACCUGCUCAGCCUCCUGCCCUUGGAUUUUCUCUAUUUGAAAGUCGGUGUGAACCCCCUCCUCCGCCUGCCCCGCUGUUUAAAGUACAUGGCCUUCUUCGAGUUUAACAGCCGCCUGGAAUCCAUCCUCAGCAAAGCCUACGUGUACAGGGUCAUCAGGACCACAGCCUACCUUCUCUACAGCCUGCAUUUGAAUUCUUGUCUUUAUUACUGGGCAUCGGCCUAUCAGGGCCUCGGCUCCACUCACUGGGUUUACGAUGGCGUGGGAAACAGUUAUAUUCGCUGUUACUACUUUGCUGUGAAGACCCUCAUCACCAUCGGGGGGCUGCCUGACCCCAAGACACUCUUUGAAAUUGUCUUCCAGCUGCUGAAUUAUUUCACGGGCGUCUUUGCUUUCUCUGUGAUGAUCGGACAGAUGAGAGAUGUGGUAGGGGCCGCCACCGCGGGACAGACCUACUACCGCAGCUGCAUGGACAGCACGGUGAAGUACAUGAACUUCUACAAGAUCCCCAAGUCCGUGCAGAACCGCGUCAAGACCUGGUACGAGUACACCUGGCACUCGCAAGGCAUGCUGGAUGAGUCAGAGCUGAUGGUGCAGCUUCCAGACAAGAUGCGGCUGGACCUCGCCAUCGACGUGAACUACAACAUCGUUAGCAAAGUCGCACUCUUUCAGGGCUGUGACCGGCAGAUGAUCUUUGACAUGCUGAAGAGGCUUCGCUCUGUUGUCUACCUGCCCAACGACUAUGUGUGCAAGAAGGGGGAGAUCGGCCGUGAGAUGUACAUCAUCCAGGCAGGGCAAGUGCAGGUCUUGGGCGGCCCUGAUGGGAAAUCUGUGCUGGUGACACUGAAAGCUGGAUCUGUGUUUGGAGAAAUAAGCUUGCUGGCUGUUGGGGGCGGGAACCGGCGCACAGCCAACGUGGUGGCCCACGGGUUUACCAACCUCUUCAUCCUGGAUAAGAAGGACCUGAAUGAGAUUUUGGUGCAUUAUCCUGAGUCUCAGAAGUUACUCCGGAAGAAAGCCAGGCGCAUGCUGAGAAACAACAAUAAGCCCAAGGAGGAGAAGAGCGUGCUGAUCCUUCCGCCCCGGGCGGGCACCCCAAAGCUCUUCAACGCUGCCCUCGCUAUGACAGGAAAGAUGGGUGGCAAGGGGGCAAAAGGCGGCAAACUUGCUCACCUCCGGGCCCGGCUCAAAGAACUGGCCGCGCUGGAGGCAGCUGCAAAGCAGCAAGAGUUGGUGGAACAGGCCAAGAGCUCGCAAGACGUCAAGGGAGAGGAAGGCUCCGCCGCCCCAGACCAGCACACGCACCCAAAGGAGGCCGCCACUGACCCACCCGCGCCCCGGAUGCCCCCCGAGCCCCCGGGGUCUCCACCGAGCUCUCCACCGCCUGCCUCCCUUGGGAGGCCGGAGGGAGAGGAGGAGGGGCCGACCGAGCCCGAAGAGCACUCGGUGAGGAUCUGCAUGAGCCCGGGCCCGGAGCCGGGAGAGCAGAUCCUGUCGGUGGAGAUGCCGGAGGAAAGGGAGGAGAAGGCGAAGUAAGAUGGGGUGAGGCGGAUCCCGCGCGCAGUUCCAGCAGGUGUGUCCCUAGCGCCGCUGCGCCCCUGCGCCCCAGCGCCCCAUCUUCUCCCACGGCCCAAGAGGAGAUGCUUUUCCGUAGUCGUGGCCUCAGUGGCUGCAGCUCUGACCGCCCCGCCAGCACGCCAGCCCCGACUCAGCUCCUCGCAGGGCUGGGCCUGAGCUCGACAAGUUGCAUCAAGUGUUCGAGUCCCUGAGCUCUCACUAUCAUUUGAGAGCCCUACCUUUUCCUGACUGUUCCUCUUUUUAAGAACAAAAUGAUUUUCCUCCUCUUUUUAAGAACAAAAUGAUUUUCCACUUUUAAAGUUCAUGGGUGAGGGAUAAAAUGAGGCUCCAAUACAUGGGAAGCUUUGUUGAAAAAGUAAAGUGUUAUUGAAUGUGUGGGGUUUCCCCUCAGGAAUUUGUCUAACACAUUUCAAGGUUAGAAAAUACUUCACUGCCGGGCAUGGUGGCUCAUGCCUAUAAUCCCAGUGCUUUGGGAAGCCGAAGCAGGAGGAUCACUGGAGGCCAAGAGUUGGAGAGCAGACUGGGCAACAUAGCGAGACCCCAUCUCAAACAAAAACAAAAACAAACAAAAAAACAAUAGCCAGGCGUGAUGGUGUGCACCUGUAGUCCCAGCUACUGGAGAGGUUGAGGCAGGAGGAUGGCUUGAGCCCAGGAGUUUCUGGCUGCAGUGAGCUGGACAGUGAGACCCUGUCUCAAAAAAACUAAAAGAUAGCCCUGCACAGUGGUUCACAUCUGCAAUCCCAGCAGUUUGGGAAGCUGAGAUGGGAGGAUUGUUUGAGACCAGGAGUUCAAGAUCAGCCUGGGCAACAUGUUGAGACCCCAUCUCUACAAAACAGCAGCAAAAACAAAAGCAAACAACAACAACGUACACAAACAAAAAAACAAAGAAAGGAGGGCAGCCGAGCUGUUCAGUUGAGAAUUGCCACCGUUCUGAGCUGAGCUUGGGAUGCUGUUUUCCUUUGCGGGCAAUCACAGUAGGGGGCUAGAUGCCCAUUAAGGUAGUUAGUGCUUAUCUUCCCCAGACUCUAUUCAAUUCCAGUGCAAUGCCAUUAUCUCAGAACAGAUAGAAGGGAAAUGGACUUACUGGCCAGGGGCUGCUAGUGUUUCUGCCUCUGCCAGGAGGGACAGCCCAGUAGGAGCAUCCUCUGCCUGUCAUCCUGAGAAACCCCAUUCGCCAGCAGGGAUCAGUCCGUUACUCACUUUUGACACUCUCGCUGUAGAGAUGGUGGCAGCAACUUCAAUUAAUCCUAGAAAAUGAAAUCUCCCAGCUGAUGACAGCACUUACAUUCCCUAAAGCUUUCCAGAUCGUGUCAUGUUGCUUUUAUGAUUCAGACAAAAAAAAAAAAAAAGAAAAAAGGGUCAUUCAGGGAAUGAAUAUUUAUCAAGAGGAUUUUAUUUGCAUACCGAAUGGCUCUUGGGGGAGUGAGUGAUUAAAAAUAAAAUCUAGUAUUCUAGUAUUAGGCCAUUUGUUUCCACCUGCAACAGUGAACAUAAAGGACCUGGAAUUCCAAUAGGUCCUGACCAUUUUAUAUAAAAUUGCAGGAAAAUGUGAGCUGCUCAGAGGCCUUUGAAAGUUUGCAAAUGUCUGUAUGUAUUUGUCCAUCCACUAAAAACAACAUUCAUUUCCACUGUGGAAAAAUGAAAGAAUGUGGGAGUCCCCAGGCUGGUCUAAGCAUUUCCAAACCCCAGAGUCAGAAACAGAUUUGUCUAGUUGAUGGCUUGUCACCUGAUCUGGGUAAUCAUCACAUUGAAUAUAGUGAUGAUUGACCUUAUUAUUUUACCCUAUUUUUUUUUAAAAAAAAGCUUUUAAAAUGUAUUUUAAAGGCAAUAACAUAUUUACAUGGGUACAAAAGGACAUCCAAUAAAAAUUCUUCAUCCUACCCCAGUACCCAGCUUCCUUGGUUCCCUCUCUGGAAGCAACCACUGUUAACAGUUUCUCCUGUAUCAUUUCAGAGUUAUUUUAUGCUUAUACAAGGAAAUAUGUAACUGCUUCUUCCCUUCCUUUUAAAUUUUAACAGAAGUGGUAACACAUAUUAGAGCCACUGUUAUUUUUCACUUAAUUUACUUUGGAGAUUGUUCCCUAUCCUUAAAGAGCAUGCUUAUUUUUUCAUGACGGCAAUCUAGUUUGUUGUAUGGAUGCAUGAUAACAUUUAAACGACUCUCCCAUUGAUGGGCAUUUGCGUUGUUUCCAAUCUUAUGCUGUUAAAAAUAAUGCUGCAAUAAAACAAUCUUGUGCAGACAUCAUUUCACUGGUAAACAUUUUUUAAAUGGGGGAACUCUGCGAGUUUAGGCAGUUAUUUUUCCUUCGUCUCCAUUUACUGUUUGUAUAUUUGUACCACAUAGUCUAAGAUCAAAGCAUAGAGAAUGCUUCCACCAUUAGCAAGUAUUUCAGAUAUGCUAAUAAACACAUUGCUUUUCAGUAAAUGGCGAAAUGCUUCAACAGCACCUUAUCUGUGAGAUCCUAUUUUAUAAGGAAUCUUUUUUAUACGAAUGUACUUAUUCUUUUAGAUAUCAGUUCUUGAAUGUAUACUCCUUAUGAUAUAAAGCAAGAGAUUCUUGAGGUUCCCAAGAAUUGUCCUGGAAAGAAAAUUGAUUUUUAAUUGAGAUUAGCAGUGUUUUAAUUUCUCUGAGAUAACUCCUUUAACUCAGCACUUUCACAAAACUUAAAUAUUAAAUAAAUUGAAUUUGAGGCUGGCAUUCUUCUCUAAAUUGAAUUGGACUGGUUGUUUGCUGAGGUAUGAAUGGAACAGCUUGGAAGUAUUAUAAUUCCGUAGCUGAAACAGGACGCUUAUUUAUGUAUGUUCAAUCUCUGCUCAUUUAAAAUGUCUCAGC